AUGGGGACAUUCACUCGAGUUAUGAUGAACGUCAUAUGGGGCGCAGCCGCUCAUUCUUUGUUGCUGUUGUUCAAGAAGCUACCCAUGUCCAAUGUUCUCGAGCGAAACUCUUCUAUCCAAGCAUUCUUCAUUAAAGUCUUUGUCGGAUACGUUUUCGCGGAUGUUAUGUAUUACAGCAUACACCGUGUCCUCCACUGGAAGUACUUUUAUCGACGCAUUCAUCGGCUCCAUCACGAGACUCAGCAAAGUGGACCACUUACAGCGCUUGAUGUCCAUCCGUUGGAAUAUGUCUUUGCCCAAAUGUCGACUGAACUCGUGUCUGCUUGGGUGGUUGGAGCAACUCUUCCGGAGCUUUGCUUCCUUAGCAGCGUGGCGAAGGUCUUUGCAAUGUACUCGCACUCGCGGAGUGAUGGUAAGGCAUGGAUUAGUGUCAUGGAGCAUGAAGCACAUCACCGGGAUGGACGCCAUAAUUUUGGAGUGACUGGAAUGAUGGAUUGGACUUUUGGUACAAUGAAAUAA